AUGGCAGAUAGUGAGGACAAUGCAAGCGAUGGAGUCCAGGAUGUGGCGAUGGCGGAUGCCGACCUGAGCACAGAGCCCACCAAUGGUCCGCAGGGUGAUGCAGCUAUCCUGAGGUCGGUCGAGCAACCAAACAGCGCGCACACCUCAUUUUCUUUCGAGAUCAAACCGGACCCUGAUGCCGGCAGACUUCCAGCUUCAUCACCAGCGGCCAGCACAACCAGCAAAAUGGCCAAGUCCGCGACCAAAAAGAAGGGCACCGCAGCCACCAAGAAAGGCCCCAAGAAGCCCAAGUCGGCAAAGUCCAAGGCUCCGAAGAAGGAUAAUUCUACAGUUGCAGAUGGUGAUGACAAUGAUAACAGCAGCUCAGACGAUGAAAUCGACAAUGGUCCGUACUGCCUCUGCCGUGGCCCGGAUGACCACAGGUGGAUGAUAAGUUGCGACGCGUGUGAAGACUGGUUCCACGGCGAGUGCGUCAAUAUCAAGAAGGAGCUGGGAGAAAAGCUCAUUGAGCGCUUCGUUUGCCCCAACUGCACUGAUGGCAAGCUCAACUACACAAAAUACAAGAAGACGUGCUCGCUCGCCGGUUGCACCAACCCUGCCCGCCUGUACGGCAAGAAGGAGACGCGGUCCGUCUUUUGCUGCAACGAGCACUGCGACGCCUGGUGGGUUUCCAUGGUUGUGUCCUUGCCCACCAAGGCAGCGUCCAGGAAGGCGCUCGAAGUCCUGACGCAGGAGGACUUUAUGGGUCUACUCACAUCAACUGCUGAUCGGGGUGGUUGGAAGCUGGGAGACAAGCCAUUUGGCAAUAUUCAGGGUCUUUGGGUUAACGGUCUACCCACACAGCCCGGUGUUCUCAGCGACGAGGACCAGGCGUUUCUACAGAACUCGGCAGCAGAGCGCCUCGCUCUCGGCAAUGAAAUCGUGGUCUACAAGAAAAUGAUGCAGCUCAUAGAUUGGGCCAAUCAGCGACGACAGGCUGCGAUCGAGGCAAAGGAGUUUACCAAGGACAGUUGUGGCUAUGACUACCGGCUUGAUGUUGUCUCUGUCCGGCACGCAUUCGCAGCCUGGCUCGACUCGGCCGAGGGACAAGCAACCUUUACGGCUGGCAAGCUUGAGGCGCCACCUGCCGAGGCCACGGGCGAGGACAGUGGCAGCGGCUCUCUGGCCACACGCGGCAUGUGUGAGAAGAAGAGGUGCAAGGCGCACAAUGGCUGGUAUAAAAUACUUACCACGGCGGUCCGAAACCAAGUGAAAGAAACGACGACGGCUGCCGCUGAUAAGCUCGAGGCUGAAGAGGUUCUGCGACAGGCAGCUGAAAACAGAUUCGAGAGACAGCAGCUGGAGAACAACUGGGUCCAGGUCAUUCAAUGA